AUGGCCGCCACCUUGGUCAGCGCGAUGCCGAGCCAAGAAGCUUCGGGCACUGGCAGCCUCGAUGCGUCAACGCCUCUGACAACUGGAUCCAACGGUCAUGACGGUGACCACGGCACGGACGAAACUCGUCUGGGCGGCAACUUCGGGAACCAGGCUGACAAGUACGACAACAAGGGCGGGAGCUACGGUAUUCAGGACGUUGGCUACGGCUACAAGGCCGAUGGCUACAAGGCCGAUGGGUACGGCGACCAAGCUGGUACUUACGGUAACCAGGGGGUUGGAUACGGCGAGCGUGGUGUCAUCAACCAAGGUGCUGGCUAUGGCAACCAAGGCAUCGGCUACGGCGACCAAGGUAUCAACUACGGCGACCAGGGCCAUGGCAAUGGCGGCCCCGGGUAUGGGAACCAGGGUGCUGGCUACGGCAAACAAGACGCAGAAUAUGGCAACGGCGGCACCGGGUAUGGCAACAACUACGGGGAUCGUGGGUACAGCCGCUCGAACGUCCGGGGCGCCAUUAGCUCAGGGUACCCAUCUCUCUCGGGGCGCCCGACGUACGGUGGGCCGAGCUACGGCGCUGGCCAGGACUACGGGAAGCGAGCGUAUGGCCGCGUUGACAACAAGGGGUAUGGUGGGUAUCUUCGCCGCUAG